AUGGCAACUGGAUCCAGGGUAAACAGAGAGACGCUCCAUGGAGAGACCACCCUAACUUCAGAUGGAGUGAUCCAAAUCAAAGCUUACCACCCUCGACACAGCAGAUACAACCCUCUGACGGGCAGCCCAACUGGCCUGCUCGAAUCCUGGAUAGGCCAAAUACUGGAGGAAACAGAAUGCAGGGAGGAAAUCCAGGAGGCCCAAAAGGAGCAGCGGGCGGCGUUGGAGAUACUGACAAGACAACUUUCUCAAGUUGCAAUGUCGUUGGGCGAGCUGAGGGGAAAUGAAGGAAAAAUUCCAGCCACUGUGCAACCACUUGGUCGUGAGAAUAUUAGUGAAAUAUCCCUGAGGUCGGGGAAAGUUUACCAAGGCCCCAGCCAUUCUGCAAUAUCUCCAGCAACUGAUUCUGGACCAAGCCAUGGAAAAGAGAGAGCAUCCAGUAGAGUGGAUCAAGCGAAAGAAAAGGGCAAGGAAAAGGUGGGAGGUGAAGCCUCGAAAGAAAAUCAGAUAGAGGAAGCUGAGAAAGUUGAGCCAUAUUCGUACCGUGGGAUGGUGACAAGAAAGAGAGAUGCCACGAUUGAUGUGGCGAGUAUGUUCAAAGACGUGGAGGUGAAGGUGCCACUCUUGACGGCGUUAAAAAUGCCCCCGAUUAGUAAAUUCGUCAAAGACUACUUGGCGGGGAAAAUCAACGAGGAAGGGAGACUAAUUACAGAUGAAACUGUCUCUGCCGUGAUCCAGAGAAGUGACCUCCCCUCUAAGAAGACUGACCCUGGAAUGUUCACGCUCCCCAUUGCUAUCGGGGAUAUUCAAGUAAAGCACGCCAUGUGUGACUUGGGGGCAUCAAUCAACGUUCUGCCAUACUCCAUUUAUCGAAAGCUAGGAGCGGCAAAGCUAAUCAACACUGACAUAAUGAUACAGUUGGCCGAUAGAUCGUGUGAGGGAAUUCUGGAAGACGUGAUUGUUAAGGUGAAUAACUUUCUAUACCCACCUGAUUUUUUCAUAAUCAAGAUGACGGAACCCGCAGCAAAGGAGUCGAGUGGAAUCCUUCUGGGAUGA